UCAACCGCCACAAAUCCCAACACACAUACACACAUUCUCUCCCAACCUUAACUCCAUCAUUCAAAAUUUGCAACCAACCAUAUACCAUGAAACCAUUAACUGUUUCCAUAACCAUAAAUCUCCACAAAUAAAACCCGACCCGAAUACCCAGUCAAGUUUGCUCACACUUACCCAUCUCAUUCUCCUUGAAAUUUUGCUUUCUUUUAGGUUUAGAAUAAAUGAUGGUUCUUCAAAGGGUGUUCAAAGUGAUCCUGGGGUUGCAUUAAUAGAAGACAUGGAGGUAAAACAAGACUUUUUGGAGGUAAAAGGUAAAGAAAAUGGUGAUGGGCUUUAUGAGGAAAAUCAAGAAUUAAAUGAUGAAAAAAAUGAUGGGCAAAAUGAUGAGGAAAAAGAUGGAAAAGAGUCCCCUGAGUUUUCAUUCACUUUUAAAUUUCCAACUUAUGAGGAGUUUACUAAAAAGCAGAAAGAUUUUGGUUCCAUAAGUCAAUUAGUUGAUAUGUUGGAACCACCUUCAUGUGUUGAUGACAAGAAUUUAAGUAAAAAUAUUGAUUCAUUUGAAGUUUCGUUGGAAGGUAGCAGUGAAGUCGAUGUGGAUUCGAAUGAAGGGAAUUCGGCUAGGAAUGAUGAUUUUGAAGAUGAAGCAAAUGUUAAUGAGCAAGUGAUGGUUGAAAGUUUUGAUGAGAAGGUUACAAAAAUGGAGGACAAAGAAGAAGUUGAUGCUUUUAGUGAAGUGAAAUUGGAAAAAGUUAAUGAUGAAAGUGUUGAUUCAUAUGCUGAUGUUUUUAAUAUGGAUUCAAUUGGUUUAAAGAUUGAAGAAAAAGAAGAAAUUGAUACUUUUAGUGAAGAUAAGCAAAAAGUUCUUGAUGGAAGUGUUUGCACAUCUUCUGACUCAAAUACGGAUUUAAACGGGUCAAGUGAUAGUUCUCCAUCGAGUAAUGUAUCUCAAGAAGACGGGUUCUUAUCUGACGAAUUUUUUGAUUUAGAAUUCAUUAAAAAGGAUGAAAACAAAUGGUUAUCAGACGAUUUCUUAUCUGAGAAAGAUUUUGGUACAAAUCUAAAAAAAGAAAGUACAGAUGAUAAUGGGAAGAAUUCAUCAAGUGAUACAUCAAACAAGCUGGAAUCUUUAUGGGAACAUCAAGAAUUGAUUGAGCAGUUAACAAUGGAGAUCAAGAAAGCUAAAGCCAGUGGACUGCCAACAAUUUUUGAAGAAUCCGAAUCGCCUCCAAAGAUAAUGGAGGAAUUGAAGCCAUGGAAGAUUGAGGAAGUGUAUCAACAUAGUGGUGGCAAGUUGACUGAAGCUCACAAGUUUUACAAAAGCUAUAGAGAAAAGAUGCGAAAAUUGGACAUUUUCAAUUACCAGAAAAUGUAUACUAUAGGUUUCUUACAGUUAAAAGAUCCCAAUCAGUCAUCUUCAAGCUCAAAAGCUUCAAUUCCUCAAAUUACGACACUUCUUAGCCAAAGUUUCACAACCUACAAAGGCAAGAAGCGUGAAGACGAUCCAACCAUUAAGUUUAUCAAAGAGCUACAAAAUGAUUUGGAAGUUGUGUAUGUUAGCCAAAUGUGUCUUUCUUGGGAAAUCCUACAUUGGCAAUACGAAAAGGCAAUGGAUAUAUGGGAAUCAGACCCACAUUUGUUUCGAAGAUUUAAUGACCUUGCUGGUGAAUUUCAACAAUUUCAAGUGUUGAUGCAAAGAUUUAUAGAGGAUGAACCUUUUCAAGGUCCAAGAGUUCAGCAUUAUGUUAAAACUCGAUGUAUAUAUCGUAAUCUUCUACAAGUUCCCGUGAUUAGAGAUGACCCUCCAAAGAACUGGAAGGCAAGAGAUGAGGUUGUAUACGAUAUUACCAGUGACACGUUAGUUGAGAUAUUUCAAGAAUCCAUACGCUUAUUCUGGCAAUUUGUUCGUGCUGAUAAGUAUAAAAGGCAAACGCCCGCUGAGUUUCGGAAACCCGAGGAUGCACAACUCUAUAUGGAUCUUCAGAAAGAUUUACACAAGAAAGAAAAGAAGCUGAAAGAAGUAUUAAGAAGCGGAAAUUGCAUACUAAAGAAGUUAAGAAGCUGUAAAGAAGAGGAGACGGCAGAAGAUGGAGCCCUUUACUUCUUUUGUCAAGUAGAUAUGAAAUUAGUGUCCAGGGUGCUACAAAUGUCUACAUUAACUAGUGAUCAAUUACUGUGGUGUCAUAAUAAGCUAAGUAGAGUUAGUUUUGUCAACAGGAAGAUUCAUGUAGAGCUAGAGCCCUCAUUUUUGCUAUUUCCUUGCUGAUUUUUAGGCCCGACUAUAUCACCCUUUUUGCGGUGUAACGAUUUUGUUAAUUCUUUCGAAAUCAUUAGGCAAAGUUAUUAUAGCUUCGUUAAAGGUGUUA